CGCAAGUGGGCGGGGUGGCCGCCUCUCGCGACAGCCGCGCCGGCCAGGCCCGCCCCUCCCGCUGAUUGGCUCGGGCUGCCCCUUCUCGGCCCGUGAUUGUUCCGGGUCCCCAAUCCGAUUAGCCCCCGCCCCGUCCACGCCUCCCCGGGGCUGUCGAUCACGCUGGAGCCGCCCCGUCCCGCCCCGCGACGACCGGAGGGGCGGCGCGGCGGAAAACCCGGGGCGGAUUCCUGGUCGCUUUUGUUCCCGCAGAUCAGCGCGCAGUAUUGUUUGAGGUGAAAGCCGGGCGUCCGACCUUCCCGCUUGACUCCCGGGCGUCGCCGUAGGGAGGAAGAGAGUAUCUCCGAAAAGCUGCUGGAGCGGGGGCUCCGGAGACCUGAGCCGUGACGCGGUUUUCCCUCAGCGAGGCUGUGUGACCUUGGCCGAGUCGCUUGGCCUCUCUGAGCCCCGGGCGCCUCCUUGGAAACCGAGGGUAACCCUCACCGCCCCGGGGAGCGGGAGGGGGCUCGCGAGAAGGUCGCGAGCUCGCAGACGGCCUGCGCCCGCCCUUGCGAGCCGGCCGGCCCGCCUUGGGGUGAGAAGGGAGCAGCUCUCUCCGCAGACCUCGCCAGAUGCGGCCAUUGUUAAGUCAGCCGGCUGUCAGCGCGCGAGGACCCCCGGGGCACGAGCAACGCCCCCUCCCCUCCUGGCCUGUGCGCGGCCCCCACCGCAGGUGGAGGGGAGGCCGGGGCACCCGACCCCCGUGAGUCCUACAGCGGCAGGCCCGGCCCCGCAGCAGUGGUCCAUUCUCCCUGCCCUUCCCCCUGGGUGCCGUCUUUUGACUUCUGGCGACCUACGACUCAUCUGUGCGUGCCAGGCUCUGAGGCCCUGCCCUGCCCGCCCUGUGGAGCCUACAUCCUGGUUCUGGGCAGCACACAAGAGCAAGGCACUGAAUAAAUGCAUGCAUUUCUGCAGGACGUGGUCCAAGGUGCUGGGAACUUCCUAGCAAGACAUUCGCCAGCCUUGGGACCUCAAGGCUGGACAGACUUUGCAGAGCCACUCUAGGGAGAGAAGGAAAAUGUGCUUCCCGCUCCCUGACCCCUCUCCACGCCUUGGGCAAAAUUUCCCAGAGCCACCACGGUGUUCCUGGUCAGUGAAGGGAGGAGCAGGCAUCCAGGUGGCAGUCCCAGGCAGUUGAAAAUCCACAUAGGCAGGAGGGGUGAGGCUGGUCCCCGUUGGGUCUCCCUGCCUCACUUCCCCGGUACAGUCUACUGUCUACAAGUAACCACAUCAAUCCUUGUUCACUCUGACCUCACCUUUUCAAGUCAUUCCAGGGAAGUAGGCACAUUCCAAAAGCUACGAUAGGAGAAAGUAAAAUAAUAUGGAAAUCAGGGCAAGUCAACACGUUUGCCUCCUAUUGGUUAAUUAGGUUCCUUGGAGCAGAAAGAUCUUGGGACCUUAUGGCGCUGAGGUUCCUCCAGGGCAGCCCCACCAGGGCGUGAAACCUCCAAGCUGUGGUGUCAAGCUGACCUUCGUUCCAGUCCCAGCUCUGGCCAGCUCUGUGACCUUGGCCCUUCACCCAACCAUUCCAAGCCUCAGUUUCCUCAUCUAUAAAAGGAAACCAGGAAUCCUACUCCCGGCAGCUAGCAGAGAUGCUAACCGGCCCUGGACAGCUGGGGAAAUUGAACCACAAGUAACGAUCGAGGUCCCCCAGCCCCUGACCGCCUUCUUGUCCCUUUUUUGCUCUGCCGUUUGCUAUUUAAUGUGUGUACUGGACAGCUUAUGGAUUAGGGUGUCCUUGUAAUAGACAGAAAAGAGCAAGCAGAGACUCCCGGUGGAGAAGGCCAUGUGAAGACAGAAGCAGAGAUUUGGAGCCAGGGGUCGCCUGGAGUCACCAGGAGCUAGAAGAGGCAGGAAAGAUCUUCCCCUGCAGCCUCUGGAGGGAGUGUAGCCGUGGGACACCUUGACUUUGGACUUCUGACUGCGGGAGAACACUUCCGUCGUGUUAAGCCCCAAGCUGUUUGCUGUGGCCACUCCAGGACAGUCUUACAAGUCUCAUUUCCCCUCAGCCGUACUCCAGCUCAGUGGAGACUAAACCACUACCCUGCGGGAGCACACCCCACAAAGGGUUUGGGGGCCUCCAAGAAGAAUGACACCCAGCUCCUCGACUUUAAGGAACAGACGCCUGGACUCCUGUUCUGGAAGCCGAUGGCCGCCCAUCUGUGGGAGCUUUCUAUCAGCACACAGUUCCCUUCCCAGGAAACAGCCAGGAGCCUCCUGGAGGCUAAAGUGGACGGUGACCUGCCAGUGCCUCUGAAUGCUAGAAAUGCUAUCUCUUGGGGCUGGCCGUGCGGCUGUGGUUUUCUCAGCCAGCUGCUGCCCAGGGCUCCUUCCCUAAAACAGCCUCCAGCCCCAAACUGUUGGGAGCUGGUCCCUUUCCCUGACUUCAGGUGGGACUUGAAUGUUUCUCCACCUUCUACAGAGUGGAGGGCCUGAGGAUCUGUGGGAGGAGGCUGGGGAGGGGAGCUCAUUGUAAGUCAGAGGGUAGGGCGUUCUUCCACGUGAUCAAAGGGGCUGUAGGUAAAAGGAAAGCAGGCCGUGUGUUCAGAUGAGAAGAGAUUCCCGGCACAACGCUGUGUGGACAGCAAAACUCACUCCCAGGCGUGAACAUACCUGCCACGUGCCUAACUCGGGCCAGGGACCGACAGUACAGUGGGCCCUGCCCUCGGCAGCUUGCGGUCUAGGGCGAAACAAUAUGUCUGCCUAUGUUUUCCAAAGGACUGGAGUGGAGUAUAAAUUAAUACUAUUGUUGAGAAAGAGAGAGAGAGACUUGGGAUUCACCCCAAAUGCCCCAGAGAAGCGAUUUUGCAAUGAGGAUGGGCUGUGCCUGGGAUGACUUCCUGUGUCUGAAGGGAUACGGAGUUGCCGCGGUCCUGGAAUGCGGCUGAGGCGAGAGCUCGGCCACCUGGACUCCAAGUCCAGCGCCCGGCCCCCAUCGACCCGCUUCUCCGUUCUCGCGUAGAACCCAAGCCUAGGGGAGGAGCCUGGAGGCCAUGUUGUGGCAGGAAAAUGAAAACAGAGUGCAGGUCGCGAGUCCCAUCAGCAGGAGAAGUCCUUGAACAGUGGGGCAGAAGUACACCCAGGCUCCCUCCUGGUUCCGCCACUUUACCUUCCCUUCAGGGUCUGUCGAGGCGUGUGCCUGGUCUCCAGCUGGAGACACGUGCUGAUGUGCGUUUUUCCUUUAUCCAAGGCCCUGUGUUUCUGACACAGAAAACAAAGGGACCCCAAACCCCUUCCGUGCCGGCCUUACGAAAUGGAAAGGUCACCGUGGGCCCAGGGCCAUGCAAGUUUGUACGCGUUGGAACCAGAUUCUGACCUGAGUCAGUUGCCCAGGAUCUGCCCCUCCCGGAGGAAAGCAUAAAGAUCCCCCAUGUGUUUCCGAGAAGUACGAGCAGGGCUAAAGCGGAGGAACUGGAUUGCUUCCCAGUGCCAUCCCAAUCAAGGCUUCACCGCCUGGCUUGAAGUCUCGAGAUACAGAACACACCCAGACUCAAGUCGGGGUGAAAAACACAUUUCAAAGGCAGGGACAGCUUUCCACGUGGACAUCUGUACGGAACUCUCAGAACCAUCCCUGGCUGUGAAAUACGGGACCUACCAGGGCCAGUGGGCCGGCGGCAUGCGCCAGGGCUACGGUGUGCGGCAGAGCGUCCCCUACGGCAUGGCGGCCGUCAUCCGCUCGCCCCUGAGGACGUCCAUCAACUCCCUGCGCAGCGAGCACACCAACGGCGCGGCGCUGCACCCCGACGCGUCCCCGGCGGCGGCCGGCAGCCCGGCCGUGUCCCGAGGGGGCUUCGUGCUCGUGGCGCACAGCGACUCCGACAGCCUCAAGAGCAAGAAGAAGGGGCUGUUCCGGCGCUCGCUGCUGAGCGGCCUGAAGCUGCGCAAGUCCGAGUCCAAGAGCAGCCUGGCCAGCCAGCGCAGCAAGCAGAGCUCGUUCCGCAGCGAGGCCGGCAUGAGCACCGUCAGCUCCACCGCCAGCGACAUCCACUCCACCAUCAGCCUGGGCGAGGGCGAGGCCGAGCUGGCGGUCAUCGAGGACGACAUCGACGCCACCACCACCGAGACCUACGUGGGCGAGUGGAAGAGCGACAAGCGCUCGGGCUUCGGGGUGAGCCAGCGCUCGGACGGGCUCAAGUACGAGGGCGAGUGGGCCGGCAACCGGCGGCACGGCUACGGCUGCAUGACGUUCCCCGACGGCACCAAGGAGGAGGGCAAGUACAAGCAGAACGUCCUCGUGAGCGGCAAGCGCAAGAACCUCAUCCCGCUGCGCGCCAGCAAGAUCCGCGAGAAGGUGGACCGCGCCGUGGAGGCCGCCGAGCGGGCCGCCACCAUCGCCAAGCAGAAGGCGGAGAUCGCGGCCUCCAGGACGUCGCACUCCCGGGCCAAGGCUGAGGCCGCCCUCACGGCAGCGCAGAAGGCCCAGGAGGAGGCGCGCGUCGCCAGGAUCACUGCCAAAGAGUUCUCCCCUUCCUUCCAGCACCGGGAAAACGGGCUCGAGUACCAGCGGCCGAAGCACCCGAUUUCCAGCAGUGACAUCGAGGUGGCCUCCACGGGGACGCCCCUGCAGCAGGAGAGCCCCGAGCUGUACCGCAAAGGCACCACCCCCUCGGACCUGACCCCCGACGACAGCCCCCUGCAGAGCUUCCCCGCCAGCCCCACGGCCACCCCGCCCCCGGCCCCUGCCUCACGGAACAAGGUUGCCCACUUCUCCCGGCAGGUCUCUGUGGACGAGGAGCGAGGCGGGGACAUCCAGAUGCUCCUGGAGGGCCGGGGAGGGGACUAUGCCCGCAACAGCUGGGGCGAGGAGAAGGCCGGCAGCUCCAGGGGCGUCCGUGGCGGCGCCCUCCGCAGCGGUCAACCCGCAGACGACUUCCGCUCCCGGAGCUCGGGCCACAGGCAGCCCGGCAACCCCAAGUCCCGGGAGCGGCGGACGGAGUCGCCCCCCACCUUCUCCUGGACUUCCCACCACCGGACCGGCAACCCCGGCUCGGCGGGCGCCAAGCUGCUGGAGCUGGAGGAGGAGAAGUUGAGCAACUACGAGACGGAGAUGAAACCGCUGCGGCGGAUGGACGCGUGCGCGCAGGAGGCGCACCCCCAGAAGAGGCGCUCCAGCAGGGGCGGCGCCUGCCGGGGCCUGGGCGAGGACCACCGCCCCGAGGAGCGGGGCUUCGGGGCGCAGAGGCUGCGGUCCAAGCCCCAGAGCAAGGACGGCGCCAGGCCGGCCUCGUGCACGGAGCCCGCGGUGCAGAGGCUGGAGAGCCUGCGGCUGGGAGAGCGGGCUGAGCCGCGGCUGCUGCGCUGGGACCUGGCCUUCUCCCCGCCCCAGAAGUCCUCCCCGGUAGCGCUGGAGUCGGACGGAGAGGACGGGGACGAGCUCAAACCCAGCACGGGCUCGGCCCCCAUCCUGGUGGCCAUGGUGAUCUUGCUCAACAUCGGAGUCGCCAUCUUGUUUAUUAACUUUUUCAUCUGAGGAGACGUCGCGUGAGCAAAAACAGUGGUCGAUGUACAAAAGGGGGACGUUAAAAAAAAAAAAAAAAACGACAGAAAGGAAAGGAUGGUAACUCAGACGGCCGGACAACCACCUCUGAGACUUUUCACAGAACAAUGUGAUUGGGUAUUACUCACAGUUUGCCUUUUUUUCUGGGUAAUGUUUUUUGGAUUUUAGCCAAAAUUCUUUGCUUGUAUAACACGAUGCUGUGUGGCAUGGCAGAAGGAGGCCAGCACGCCGACCCUCCAGCUUGGUGUGGAAAGGAAAGGGACCCCGGCAAAUCAAUGGCCAAAAAACAAAACGGUCACCGUCCUCGCUGCCAUCACACUCCAUCUGGGACUGGAAAAGGAGGUGGCCGGAGGAAGACCCCAGCGCGUCCAGCUGUGCUGUGAGGCUGAAUGCGGGAAGUCUGUUACCUGAGCCGCUCCCCUGGGUCCUAGAAUAGCGGGUGACAAGUAGGGGCGUGUGGUGGGCGGGGGGGGGUGGGGAGGAGUGGGCGCGCCUUCCCAGCAGGCAGCAGCCAGGGCCGCUUCCUGUUUUGAGUCUGUGCCGUGUACCUGAGGAAGCAGGGAUCUGCCGCCUCUCCCCAUGGAGUCUGAAAGCAAGGUCCUCCUUCCCCCCGGUCUGCCCCCUCCCCCACCACUCCCCCCUUCGUCCCACACCCCCAGCAGCAGUGGUGCGGACGGGACAGAGGGCAGGGAGUGCCGUGGGGCCACCUAGCUGCCACGGCCGGCUCCGAGUGUGUGGCCUUUCUCCACUUGGCAUGCAGGAUGUGUAUCCCGGCUCCCCUGUCCCUGUCAGACGUCCGUGGCAGUGACCUGGCCCGCGGCGACGUCAUUCCCUCUCGCGGUCCCCGGGCACAUGGGUUUUCACGUCUCUGUCCUGUGCCGGCCUCCACUUCCCCCACAGAUAUGCACACUCUUUCCAGAUGCCUCGUUCAUACCCCGGAGCUGGUCUGGGCCCAGGACAGGAAUGUGGGUGAAAACCCAGUGGCUGCAAAACCCCUGAGCACUCGCUGCUGCCCCCUCUCCCCCAAAAGACACAACUCUGCCUUCUCGACCAAUGUUGCACCAUCAUCCAAACGAGAGAACAAGGUUCCAGAAUGUGCGGGCGCCCCGAGGUCCUAGCGCUGGAGCCAGCCCCGGCCAGGGCGUAUGGACGUGUCUGUGGGGCAUGGCCACGUCCAUACCCCGGCCCCUGCGCUCACGCCCGGGACGGCCCUGACCGUGAGCUUCCACAGCCGUCCUGGGCACAGCCCCGCUAUGGACUCUGCCUUGCUUUGCUUAUGUUUAGCUGUUUCUCUGCUACCUUUCAAGCAGAUUUCUUUACUACACUGCACUGGAUUGCUAUAUUUUUAACCAGAAAUAAACUAAAGAUUAGAGCAUG